GCGCGCAGUAUUUUUAGCGCACAGCGAUCGCCCGCGCGCGCCGUACGCGCUCCCUCCGCCCGUAAUGCACCGCCUGUAUCAAUACUAGUGAACAGUGCAAUAAACAGUGAAAUGUGCAUCUUAUGACGAAGGCUGUGUCGCCAUGGAUCGCCUCAGACGACAGCGGUAUAAGCUCGGCCGCCGACGGGGCUCAGCAGAUUCGAACUACUCGCAGCCAUCGUCGGAACUGUCGCUGGACGAAGACAAAGAGGCGCUGCGCCGCGAGAAGGAAGCGCAGGCACUCACACAGCUGGACAAGGCACGGUCAAAGCCGGUGGCGUUCGCAGUGCGCACCAAUGUGUCGUACGAUGGCGCGCUCGACGACGACUCGCCCGUGCACGGCAGCGCCAUCUCCUUCGAGGUGCGGGACUUCCUGCACAUCAAGGAGAAGUACGACAACAACUGGUGGAUCGGGCGGCUCGUGAAGGAGGGCUGCGACAUCGGGUUCAUCCCGUCGCCCGUGAAGCUAGAGACAGUACGCGCGGGGUUGGUGGCGCGGGGGCGGUACGCGCGGCCGGCGUCGGCGGCCAACCUGGCGGCGCCGGCCGGCCCGCCGCCGCCGCCCGGACCCAGCCGAGGUAGCACCCCCCCCACGCCCGGCGAGGAGUCGGAUGGCGCUGGUCGUGGGCGCGGCGCCGGCGCGCUCCCCGCCGGCAAGGAGAAACGCAAGCCCUUCUUCAAGAAGCAAGAAGCCUGCACACCAUACGAUGUAGUGCCUUCCAUGAGGCCCGUGGUCCUUGUAGGACCCUCGCUCAAGGGUUAUGAGGUCACGGACAUGAUGCAAAAAGCCCUCUUUGACUUCUUGAAGAGACGGUUCGAGGGCAGGAUUAUAAUAACUCGCGUGAUGGCGGACAUAUCGUUGGCGAAGCGGUCGCUGAUGAACAACCCGUCGAAGCGCGCCAUCAUGGAGCGAUCCAACUCGCGCUCCACGUGCCUUGCGGAGGUGCAGGCGGAGAUCGAGAGGAUAUUCGAGCUGGCACGGACGCUGCAGCUGGUGGUACUAGACUGCGAUACCAUCAACCAUCCCUCACAACUCGCCAAGACCUCGCUCGCGCCCACCAUCGUGUACCUCAAAAUCUCCAGUCCAAAGGUACUACAGCGGCUGAUCAAGUCGCGCGGCAAGGGGCAGAGCAAGAACCUAUCGGUGCAAAUGGUGGCAGCGGAAAAGCUGUCGCAGUGCCCGCCGGAGAUGUUCGACGUCAUUCUAGAUGAGAACCAGCUCGAAGAUGCCUGCGAGCACAUCGCAGAGUAUCUCGAGGCAUACUGGCGCGCGACGCACCCGCCGGCGGCGGCGGCGCUGUCCCGGCCGCUGCCGCACGCCGCGCCGCACGCGCCGCACCACGCGCACCAUCACGCGCAACCUGAUCCCCCCUCUGCUCACUCCGGAGGACAACGCGAGCGCGCAGACUCCUACACCUACGAGAGGGACAGAGGGGGCCGGGGACGCGCGCCGCGGCCGGAGCGGCUGGAGGAGGAGUUCUACGGGCGCGAGCGCUACCCGCGGUAUGCGCGCGAGUACCCGGCGCGCGACCACUACCACGACGAGUACGCGCACGAGUACUCGCGCGGCGAGCCGUACGAGCGGGAGGCGUACGGCCACGACUACACGCGCGACGCGUACACGCGCGAGGAGUACGGGCGGGAGUACGGGCGUGAGGGCUACGCGCGUGACGAGCGGCCGCCGCGCAGCCGCGAGCGCGAGCCGCCCGACGAGUACGCGCCCUCGCGCCGCGCGCUCAACGCGGUGUGAGCGCGCGCCGGCCGCCGCCUGGUGCUUCAGAGACCGGUUGUUUUGCGGUUUCGCGUAUUCUUAAUGUUUUCGUUGUCGCGCAUUCCUUCGGGGCACGAGAUGCUCCCUCGCGCUGGACGCUGUUUCGAUUCGCUAAGCUUUAGUGACACGCUUGAGCGCGACGCACGACGACCGAACUGUUGUGUCGGUGUUCCUUUCCUUUUGUACGUGGGUGAGUGGACGGAGAGCGCUUCGUGAUGAUACUCGGAGAGAGAAGUAGUUUAGGCUAGCGUAAACCACUUUCGCACUCGAAGGUUUGGAGCUCGCGUCGAAUGUAUAAAUUUUACAUAAAGAUAAUUUUAGUACCGUUAGAUAUUAUCCGUUUCCCAUUUUUUGAACAUACAUACUCUGUAAUUAUAUUGCAUCGUCUGUACUUCAUUGUUGCAAUCAUUUGUAAAUAAAAUACUUUAUAUCGA